UAGAUUUCUGCAGAAAUGGCCCCGGUGCUUAGUGCUCAUCCGCAAGUCACGGCGGCGCUGGUUCUGUUCCUGUCCGUGCUGAGUUUGGCUGCUGGUGGGAAGCUGCUGGUGGUGCCGGUGGAUGGGAGUCAUUGGCUCAGCAUGCGGGAAGUGUUGGACGGUCUCAGGCAGAAGGGACAUGAAAUAGUCGUCGUUGCACCUGAGGUCACUUUGUACAUAAAGCCAACAAAUAAUUUUGUUGUGAAAAUGUACCCAGUCCCUUUCACACAGGAAGAGAUGGAUCUCACUUUCUGGAGAACUAGCCAGGAUGUAUUUGAAGAAGGGUCUUUUCUGGAAAGAAUUGUUAAAACAUAUGAAGGAGUGAAAAAAACCUCUGCCAUGUUCCUGUCUACCUGUACACACUUACUGUACAACAAAGAGCUUGUGAGAUAUCUUGAGGAGAGCAAGUUUGAUGCUGUCUUUACAGAUCCAAUACUACCCUGUGGGCAGAUCCUGGCUGAGCAUCUUUCAGUCCCUUCCGUGUUUUUUUUGCAGCAAAUGCCAUGUGGUUUAGAAUUUGAAGCCACUCAAUGUCCCAAUCCCCCUUCUUAUGUCCCCAGGGUAUUCACAGAGUAUACAGACCACAUGAACUUUUUCCAGCGGGUGAAGAAUCUAAUCUUUGACAUCCCAAAUUUUUUUCUCUGUGAUUUUGUCUUUCAACCAUACGCAAAACUGGCUUCUGAGUUCCUUCAGCGGGACAUGACUGUGCCGGAUCUCUUACGUCAGGCUUCCAUUUGGCUCACGAAGCUAGACUUUGUUUUACACUAUCCGAGACCAUUUAUGCCCAACAUGAUUAUGGUCAGUGGAGUAACCUGUGCUCACAAGAAGCUACCUCAGGAAUUUGAAGCUAUUGUGAAUGCCUCUGGAGAACACGGCAUUGUUGUCUUCUCGCUGGGCUCCAUGGUCUCUGAGAUUCCUAUGAAGAAAGCCACAGAAAUCGCAGAUGCCUUGGGAUCAGUCCCUCAAACGGUUUUGUGGCGAUACACAGGAAAGGUGCCCCCCAACCUGCCGAAGAACGUAAAGCUCGUCAAAUGGCUGCCACAGAAUGAUCUUCUAGCUCACCCUAAGGCUCGUGCCUUUAUUACCCAUGGAGGCUCACAUGGUGUUUACGAGGGCAUAUGCAAUGCGGUGCCAAUGGUACUAAUGCCUUUAUUUGGAGAUCAGAUGGACAACGCCAAGCGAGUAGAGUCACGGGGAGCAGGACUGACACUGAAUAUACUCGAAAUGACUUCAAAGGACAUAUCCACUGCCCUGAAAACAGUUAUUAAUGAUAAAAAGUACAAAGAGAACAUCAAGCGCCUCUCUGACCUUCACCUCGACAGACCCAUCCACCCCCUGGACCUGGCUGUGCACUGGGUGGAGUUUGUAAUGAGACACAAAGGGGCCCCACACCUGCGACCUGCUGCUCACGACUUGAAUUGGAUCCAGUAUCACUCCCUGGACGUCAUCGCCUUCCUCCUCGCCGUGGUUCUCCUCUCUCUCUUCAUUUCUCUGAAGUGCUGCCUGUUCUGCUGCCGCAGGUGCUGCUGUAAGAAGGGAAGAACAAGAAAGCCAACCAAAUCAAAGUCCCACUAG